AUGAAUGUGACUGUGAAACAAAAAGAAAUGUUGUUAAAUUUUUUAAAACGUAAUCCCGAAUUAGUGAGGGGUAGAAUAGACAGAAAAAACGAGAGUCGAUUAAAAUUGUUUAAAUUGUGGGAUGAAGUUGCACAAGGCAUCAAUACAAUUAUCGAAGGUCCUCAAAAAUCUGGUAAAGAAUGGGCAAAGACAUGGAAAGACAUGAAAAGUUACAUAUUAAAAAAAGAAGCAAAAAGACGCAAUUACAUGCAAGGGACUGGUGGUGAACCACUUCCUAAAGUAGCUUUCUCAGUGUUUGAAGAGCAAGUUUUAGAAUUGUUAACACCAGAGGCAGCUGGAUUAGAAAAUAUUCCAGAAGGUGGAAUUAAUACUGAAGAAAAUCCUAUUUCAGAAAGUAUAGAAGUUGUGGAAACUGAAAGAGCAGAACAAGAUAUAUGCAUAGUAAUUGAAGAAGAUAAUGGAAAUCAAGAGAACGCUAUAGAAGACAUUGAAAAUAUACCACUACAUAAUGACACAGAAAAACGAAGAAAAGUUUAUACAAGUGAAAAUAGAAAGAAUACAAUAAGAGGUAAUUAA